AGAUUAAUCGGCACAACGCUAUUUCCGUUAGUUGCCAUGUUCGUUUUUGAUAUUUACUGUGCGUGGUAAAUAAUGAUAUAUUUAUUUGUAAAAACGUCAAGAAAUUCAAGAAUACUGUAAUUAUUAAUUAAUUUAUCACUCAUUUUGUUGCUUGUAUAACAUCUGACAAAAUGAGUAACAUUUAUAUUCAAGAACCACCGGCAUUAGGGAAGGUGUUAUUGAAAACCAGUGCAGGAGAUAUAGAUAUUGAGUUAUGGACUAAAGAGGCUCCGAAGGCAUGCCGCAACUUUAUACAGUUAUGUAUGGAAAAUUAUUAUAAUGGCACAAUCUUCCACCGAGUGGUGCCAGGUUUCAUAGUUCAGGGUGGCGAUCCGAAUGGCGAUGGCACAGGAGGCGAAUCCAUCUAUGGAUCUCCUUUUAAGGAUGAAUUCCAUUCAAGACUUCGUUUCAACAGACGUGGAUUGGUGGCCAUGGCGAAUGCAGGAAAGGACGACAACGGAUCUCAGUUUUUCUUCACGCUGGCAGCCACUCCUGAACUUCAGAAUAAACACACGAUAUUCGGCAAAGUCACAGGCGAAACGAUAUAUAACGUGUUAAAACUGACAGAAGGACUGAUAGGACCGGACGAUAGACCAGAACACCCGCACAAGAUAAUUAAUUCAAACAUUGUAAUUAACCCGUUUGAGGAUAUCGUCCCGAGGGUGGUGGAGAAGCCGGCCGAAGCGCCGAAGAAGAAGAAGAAGGAACGGAAAGCUGUCAAAAACUUCGGCCUGUUGUCGUUUGGUGAAGAAGCGGAAGAAGACGAAGGCGAAGCGCUGGAAUACAAGGGCAAGCCAAAAUCAACACACGACCUGUUGGAGGAUCCGAAACUUAGCAAGAAAACCGCUGCUGAAUUAGAGCAAGAAGAACAAGAAGAAAGAGACAAAGAAGAAACGACAGAAGAAGCGGAAGAGAGAAAACAGAAAACCCAAGCAGCUGUCACCAGUAUCAGAGACAAACUUAGCAAAGGAGAGGAGAGGAGCAAGAGAGAGGCCAGUCCUGAAGAAGGGAGCAGAAAGAGACAGAAAGAUGAAGACAGUGACAGCGAGGGGGAGUACUACUUGGGAAAAGAAAGAGAUAUGGAGAGAAAGAAAGAGAGAGAAAGAAUAAGAAACGAAAUCAAACAGCUAAAGAAAGAAAUGAAAGCACCCAAAGAAGAGCCAGUGAAGGAGACAGAGACGGACAGACAAUCGAACAAGAUGGAAGAGGACAAUGAGAUGUACAAACAGUAUGUGGAAGAGCAGGAGAGAUAUAAGAAGAUGAAAGAGAAGGUACCCAAGAAAGGGACUGCAAGAAGCCGAAGAACCAAAACAAAAAAGGCCAAAAAGAAACCGUGGGUCAAGAAUUUAUACGAAAACAGGGAGUACCCGGACAACUACACCGACAAAAAGUUCCUAGAAGAUUUAAGGAAAAAUGUUUACAUACAAAAAGUGACUCUAAGUCAAGCCAUAGAAGGCUCAUUUCGCGUUACGCUAAGACUAUGCUUAUGUGUACUGUACGCAGUAAUUUACGUAUACAUGUAUAACAAAUUCGUUGAAACAAAAACUGUUAUAUACUUCUCAACAUUUGUCACUGGUAUGUGUCACGUAUUAUAUUUAUACGUGGAAAGAACAGUUACGUACUCGCAUUUUAAAACUGUACUAGUAUAUGUGGUACUAGGUUAUUUAUUGUCGCCGAUUUUACACACUUUGACGGAUACAGUGAGCACAGAUACGAUAUACGCGUGGGCUGUCAUAAUGAUGUUGAUACACCUGAUAUUUUUCGAUUACGAAGUCCCCGUGGCUUUAGUAUCGAAAUCGUUAUCGAUAAACGCUGCAGUAUUCGCUUCGGUAUGUUUAGUAUCGAGAUUGUCCACGCCAUUCGAUGCGUUUAUACUUUUAACGAUAUCCGUUAUUCUAUUCGUAUUGAGUCCGCAGUUAUUGAAAGUUGUUUCGCAUACUAGGUUGUUUUACCUAUUAUUUUCCGUUACGUUACUAGUGACUUUUGUAAGUUUGUACAGCGUAUCGUUUACGUUAUUCUGUUAUUUUGUAUUAGUUAUAAUUAUUUUAAGCUUUUAUUUCCCCGUUUUGUUUGUGCGUUGGCAAAAGUAUAAGGAUAAUAUAUAUGGGCCGUGGGAUGAAGCUAUAAUCAAUGAUUCAGAUGAUUUAGAUGAAUUAGUCAGUGAUGUUGCAUAAACAACUGUGAUAGUAAAUAAAAUAUAUAUAUAAGGACACAGAUUGAGCUAGCCCCAAAGUAAGUUCGAGACUUGUGUUACGGGAUACUAACUCAACGAUACUAUAUUUCAUAACAAAUACAUA